AUGUCGCAGCCGUUUGAAGUGUACCCUGCAGUUUAUCCAACUCCAACCACACCGACCCCUGCAGCUACACACCACUCGAAUGGAUCAUUCGGGACGGUGUUCGCGGUGCUGGCGGUUAUAGUCUUUGUAUCGGCCAUUGCUUGUUGUUUGGGAAGGUUAUGCAACAAGCGCCGCGAUCGUUCCAAGGACAAGCAAGGCAAAGCUGCGUCGCAUUCGAAAGAGAAGGAUGCUAAGAAAAAUAAUGGUUCUCACGGGGACUUGGAAUUUGGAUUUGACAAGAGGCUUUCGAGUUCCAAAGUGGCUGCUCAUGAAGAUUUCAGGGUGCCUAAAGCGUUUCCAAAGGGCGGAGCCAGAGGUGAUGGGGAUAUUGAGUUUGGAUUUGAUAAGAAAAUGCCGAGCGCUAGACCGAAAGGAAAUCACAAUGGGCAACCUAAAAAGGAAGUGAGAUUUGCUAAAAAUAACGAGCCAAAAUAA